AUGGUGCACUUCGUGGUACCCGUGAAGAACCAAGCCCGCUGGGUCCAGCAGUUCAUCUCGGACAUGGCCCACCUGUACAGGGCUACGAGGGACGCCAACUUCAAUGUCAUCUUGGUGGACUUUGAGAGCGACGACAUGGAUGUGGAGAAGGCCCUGAGGGAUGCCCAUCUGCCCCGUUACCAGUACCUGCGGCGCACGGGGAACUUCGAGCGCUCGGCGGGGCUGCAGGCGGGCGUGGACACGGUGGAGGACGGGCACAGCAUCGUCUUCCUCUGCGACCUGCACAUCCAUUUCCCCCCCAACAUCCUGGAGAGCAUCCGGAAGCACUGCGUGGAGGGGACGCUG